AACGUGAAUUAUUUUUUAUUAUUCUCAUUUUCCAAAAAGCAAUUUUUUGAUAUUUUAUAAUUACUGUUUGGUUGCUGUGAAAAUUGGGUUACUGGGUAGCAAAUAAAUUUGAUUGUUUUGGACUUAUUGGGCCCCACCCACAUUGAGAGAAAUGCGCCUUCCAUCUGUGGUUUUGGAGUAGUUGCAUGAAGUAAAUUUAAUUACAUUGUGUCUACUGGAUGGCUAAGAAAUUUUUGGAAGUUGAUAUCUUUUUGUUGUGUUAAAUACUUAAAACUAUGUCAACAUUGUUUGUAUUGCAUUAGCAAUGAUUUUCUUUUUUGGUGUUUCUACAUGUCCAUACUUGGUGUGGUACUGUCGUUCAUCAUCUAAAAUCUCAAUGCUCAUUGAAUUAUCAAAUAUUGAGGCUUUCGGCACUGAUUGCAAACUGACAGCACUCCCUCAGGAACUCUACAAGAAAUGCAACAAAAAGUGAAGAUGGCACCACCUAAAAAUGAGCUACCUAGCAUACGUGUUUCUAUUUUUUCGCCUGGUUGGGGCAUCUCCAUUGGUGUGAAAACUGUUGAACUUAGCAAACUCAUUCUUAAAGAGUUUAAAAAGAAGAAGAUGAGCAGUGGCACAUGAAAAUUGCUUUAGCAGAAAUGAAAAAUGCAAAUACUCCUCACAUCAUACGAACCUACAAAAAAGUUCAACGAAUAAGGAAGAAGAUUAAUCGUAACCAUACAAUUUUUCUAGAUAAGUUCUACAAGCAUCAUACCUUGCUCAAACUGAAAAAGUUGAAGCAUAGGAUUAAGUUUUCUUCAAGCAAUUGGAGUAAAAGUGUUGCUAUGGGUAAAUUGUCUAAUUUAAAGAUUCACAAUGAAAACUUGAAGCAUCACGUGAAAACAAAUGGGUGGCAACCAUGGCGCUCAUGUUGCAAGAAAAUUUAACUCAUGGAUGGAUCUAUUUUAUUUUAUUUUUAAUGUUGCUAACUACAAAUGUGUCUUCGAAACAUAUUAUAAGGUUUUCUUUAAUUUUCAUGGAUGUAUUAUAAAUAAUUUCCUCUUUGUUAG